AUGGUGAUGAGGAAGCUGCAGUUACCGUUGAGCCAGACGCAGAAGGUGAGGUUUGAGAGAGCCAUCGAGCGGCUACAAUCACUGUCAUCGACGGUGAACUCUGACGCCUCUGUCAUCGUCACCGACUCCAUCCCCGUCAACCACGAAGAUGCCUACCUCAAGGGGCACGGAACUUCCGAGGUCGACGGCGAGUUGCUUGCGACGGUCUGUGGAGUUGUGGAACGCGUAGAUAAGCUUGUCUGGGUACGCACCUUACGAGCCAGGUACAAGCCUGAGGUUGGGGAUAUUGUGGUAGGCCGUGUCAUUGAGGUCUCUCAAAAUCGUUGGAGAGUGGAGCUUAACUUUACUCAAGAUGGAGUACUCAUGCUUUCUGCAAUGAACAUGCCCGAUGGUGCCCAGAGGCGAAGAACGUCUGUAGAUGAACUCAAUAUGCGGAAUAUCUUUGUAGAAGAUGAUGUUGUUUGUGCCGAAGUACGAAACUUUCAGCAUGAUGGCAGCUUGCAGUUACAUGCAAGAAGUCAGAAGUAUGGAAAGCUCGAGAAAGGACAGCUUGUGAAGGUUGAUCCUUACUUGAUUAAGAGAAGCAAGCAUCACUUUCACUACAUAGAUAGUCUUGGGCUCGAUUUGAUCAUUGGCUGCAAUGGCUUCAUAUGGGUCGGGGAACACGUUGAAGUUAGAGAUCCCGUUAUCAUUGCUGAUCAAAAGGAUGAUGAGAUGGUCACAUCCUCCACCAAGGACACAUGGAAAGAGGAAAGCCAUACUUCACUCGAGACUCGACAGAGCAUAUGCAGAAUCGGGAAUGCGAUACGUGUCUUGUCUAAUCUAGGCUUCACCGUGACUCUAGAAGUGAUCAUGGAGACUGUUAACAUCAGCAACUCGAAGAACGUCGAGAUACACGACAUGCUUGGAUCAGAGUUUCACGUUGUGGUCGCGGAGAAUGAAGCUGAAAGAAGACGUGCAAAGAGGAAGAAGUGA